CAGGAGUGGCGUGAGCUGCGGCUGGCGGAGAGCGCGGCGGAACCCCCGGGGGUGUCGGAGGGCACCGGCCAGAGCGCGGUGAAGGUGUCCCUCUGUGAAGGCGAGGCCCCACAACAGGUUCCCUAUUGCAUGGCCCUGGGCUAUACCAAGAGCAUGUGCGCGGCUGCGAUGACCGGUGCGCAUUUACAGGGCGCCCUGCCGCUCGACGGCGACCUUCCGGCGAUGCGGGCGCUGGUCAUCGGGCUCGGGGCGGGAUCGAUGCCGCUCUGGCUGCAGCACACGUUCCCUGAGGGGCAGAUGACGGUGGACGCCUUGGAGAUCGACCCUGCCGUGGUCAAGGUGGCGACGGAUGCCAUGGGCUUCCCCAAGGAUGCAAUCCGCGAUGCAGCCUCGGCCCAGGAGGCUGCCAAAGAUGCAGUCUCAUCCGAAGGAGGUCUCCGCGUCUACAGCAUUCCGGGCGAGGACUUCGUCGAAGCCCUGGCAGCCACCGGCGAUGCGUUCCCUGGGCUGUGCAGGUACCAGUACGAUAUGGUCUUCGUCGAUGCCUUUGACAAGAGUGGCAAGGUGCCCCCUGUCCUGGUGGAGCCGGAAGGCACUUUCUUACAAAGCCUGAGCAAAGUGCUGAAGCCAGAUGCCACCAUCAUCAUGAACCUGCUGGUGGGGAUGACGGGCACGGGCAGCUCCGGUGGCCCUAAAGAGAUAGAGGCCAUGGUGUCGGCAAUCCAUGGAACCUGCUGCAGCGAUAGCUCAGAGGUCUUCACGAUCCGUACGCCGAUCAACGAGAGCAGUGGGAACCAACUCUAUGGUUUUCUACGAGCAG